GUAUGUGAUAAACAUUCUCUAAGUUUAGAACACGAGGAAAGUGGCUGACAUGAAAACGGCAAAGACAUUGCGGUACAAACAAGUAGUCAUUGAUUCGCCACUUCACUCACUCCUAGUACCAAAACCAAGGCCUUCUCAGUUCUCAGCCACUCACUGUGUAUACUGAAGGCAAAAAAAGAGGAAAAUGGAAGGUGGGUCUGCUGCUACUACGAAUGGAAAUGAAGACAGCGCAAAGAAAGGGUUGGAUGGCACAGGUUUGGAUCUUCCGCUGAAUCGCCAUGGAAACUUGAAAAGUGCUUCCAGUGAUCAAAGCCUCAAGGACAUUCUUCUCCAAAUUAAGUCUUCCAAAACCCCUGCAGUUGUCAAUUAUGGUGCUUCUUGGUGUGGUGUUUGUAGCCAGAUCCUCCCUUCAUUCUGUCAGCUGAGUAACAAUUUCCCAAAGCUCUCUUUCAUAUAUGCAGAUAUUGACGAAUGCCCAGAGACAACGCAGCACAUUCGUUAUACACCUACGUUUCAUUUCUACCGAGAUGGUGAAAAGGUAGAUGAGAUGUAUGGUGCUGGAGAAGAGCGGCUGCACGAUCGUUUGUGGUUGCACUCCUGAAGACAUAUCUCAGGAUGAACAAACGAUAUUUAGCUGUAGAGACAAUUUACUGUGAGGGUUCUGAAUUUGUUAAACCUUAUUUAUACUUGGCUCAUAAGCUACCAGCAGUGUCUUUUUUUUUUUUUUUUUGGUAAUGAAUUCUUUUUUUCUUGUUCUGCUUGUAAGAUUCACAUGGGUGUCAGAAUCUUUAGAUUGAAUGUCUUCAUGCUA